UGUCUUUUAUACUUUACAGUUUGAACUGGUGAAGGAUGCGCCGCAAAACCGGUACCUUAUUCAUAAACCCAAAGAUCUUCGGAAGUCUCCAGAAACCUUGUGUGAAGGAUAUGGUCACAUUUCUUAAUUGUUCGACUCUAAAUCAUAACAAGGACGAUAAAUGCAGCAGGCAAAACUCACUUUUAAGUGCAUGCAUAGAGUCUCAGAGUGGCAAAAACAGAAAGCCUUGGGGUAUUAUUAAUUAUCACCUCCAGAGGCUUAACAGGGGAAGGAAAUAAUUUGUAUCAAUUUGCUUGUGUAUAACAUAGGCUACAGUAAUGUGCGUAGGUGUGUCAUUUAGCUGGCAUUCGACUUAAUAAAAAUCCUUACUAUGUCUUGCUGUAUUUGGAUUUUAUCCAUGACUUUUUCAUUUGUGUAGCUUUAGAGAGCUGGCUAUGACUAUGUUUCAAAACUUUCCUUUCUUUCCGGGGAAGUUUCAGUGCUUUGCUUCUGAUGAACCAUCAAAUAGUGUAAGCUGGAAAGGAUAUGAAUUUUUCCUUUCAACUAUGAAUAAAUAUUCACUCAUUUGAUCUUCUUGUUA